CACUGUGCUUCGUUUAGUUGUAGCUACAUUCUCGUCAAGACCGUUCAUAGUCAAGUUGCCAAAAUGUGUGGGGAAAUGGGUAAAGCUGUGCUGAGGGCGCUGACUGGCGCGUUGCUGUGUGGGCUCGUGUCUGAUGCUGCGUAUUUACAACAAUACGAUCCAUAUGAAACACACUACGAGCAAGCGAUCAUUCGCCCGAAGCCACUGCGUGAACACGAGAAGCCACAGGACCUUCGCAACGUGCCUGGUACGCCAGGAGUUGACUUCCCCAUAUACCACAGCGUGCCAGACACUAGCUUUUCCUGUGACCAUGUUCCUGUAAGGCCUGGCAUGUAUGCUAAUGUAGAGACUGGGUGUCAGGCUUACCAUGUCUGCCAUGAUGGUCGCGAGGGUCAGCAGGGAGCCUCAUUCCUCUGUACAAACGGUACACUCUUCGACCAGGCCAAGUUCGCCUGCGAUUGGUGGUACAACGUCGACUGUUCUAAGGCCAUCACACUUUACAAGUUGAACGCAGAUCCUUACCACAACCCGUUCAUACCUAAACCCAAACCUGAGGAAGAAGCCCCGUCCCAUGAACUCCGUCCAUCUCACGGAAUCUACUACAGAAAGAUCUAAAAUAGCAGGAAAGAACACAAAACGCCAUUAUUGUAGGAAAUAUAACAUAAGUAAUUUGGAAAUCCCCAUCGAAAAUAGCCUUUGUGAUU